AUGUAGAGCUCUUUUUACUAGAAGGGCGCUCUAACUGACAUCUUUGAUUCAGUAAAAGAUGUAGAUAUACAAAUCUUUGGUGUCAUACUAGAAAUAUUAAGAAAGGAGCAAGGUAAAGAUUGCAUUGGAUUUUUAUCAGAUAUUGGGAAUCAGAAACAAUUAGAAUUAUAAAUUUUAUAAUAAGUUUGGGAUAUUACCCAAGCUGAUACAGAAUAAAAAUUGUCUCUUGUAAGAAAAGACAUAAAAUAAAUGACAGAUGUCUUAAAAAAAUUAAAAGAUCAUGACUUCAACAUCAAAGACUUUUCCUCUAAAAAAAAUGAAGAAUCUAAAUUAAGUCUAAUUAAAAGCAUCAAGGUUAAUAGAAGGAUCAUUGAAUUUCUCUAAUUUUUAGUUCACCUCACAUCAAUUGAUGAAAAGUUGGUUUAAUGUGGGUCUAAUUCCUUACAUAUUUUAGUUUAGAUGAAGGUGGACCUUAGAAACAAAAAUUUUGAAAAUAUUAUUAUCUAAAAUACUUCCCUAAUAGGAGCUAAUUUUGUUAAGUGUAAUUUAAGUGGAUCUUAAUUUAAUAAUGUCAAAAUAAGUGGAAUAAAUCUGAAUGGGGCAUUGUUAUAUAAUUGUAAAUGGAGUGACUUACAAAUCUCGGAAUUAUAUAAAUUACAUGGUCAUAGUGAUUGUAUAAAUACAGUCUGUUUCUCUCCUGAUGGAAUUACAUUAGCUUUUGGUAGUGCUGAUAAAUCUAUUCGUCUUUGGGAUGUCAAAACAGGUUAAUAAAAAGCUAAAUUAACAAUUCAUAGAGGAAGUGCUUGGUCAGUAUGUUUCUCUCCUAAUGAAAAUAUAUUAGCUUCUGGAGAUGAUAAUAGGUCAGUAAUAUUAUGGGAUAUUAAAACAAGAAAGAAAAGAGUAAAAUUAGUUGGUCAUAGUAAAACUGUCUAGUCAGUCUGUUUUUCUCCUGAUGGAAAAAUAUUAGCAUCUGGUAGUGAUGAUAAGUCUAUCCGUCUAUGGGGUGUCAAAACAGGAUAAUAAAAAGCCAAAUUAGAUGGUCAUAGUAGUUGUGUGAAUUCAGUCUGUUUCUCUCCUGAUGGAAAUACAAUAGCUUCUGGUAGUUGGGAUAACUCUAUCCCUCUAUGGGAAAUCAACAACAAGUAUUGUUCAGAUUAUAGAUAUAAAGAAAUUUAGGUUAAAAAUACAAGAUAUCCUUUUUUUAACACUCCUUUGCAGUAAAAGAAUAUUAUUUAAAAUUUAGAUACAUCUAAUAUUAUGGUUUACCCAGACUUCAAUUUUUCAAGGUUUAAGAGGGUUUUGUUAAAAAAACCGUUUCCUUUUAGGAAUUAUUGGAGUAACACUUGAUUAAUUUAACAACAAACCUAUAUUAACCCUUAAUUUAAAUCUAUUUUAAUAUACUUCUUGUGUCCAAUAUUUGUUGA